AUGGGGGGACACGUUCGAUUUAAAGACGACGAUACAAACGAGGAUGACGAGGAUGAGAUGAUGGACGUGGAGAAGAACAAAGAAGAAGAAGAAAAAGAAGAAGAAGGAGAAGAACGAGUGGUAUCGCACGAUUUUGGCCCAGACCCUGAGUUUACGAUACGGAAACCAGUGGCGAAUUUAAAGACGAUGAUGAUGAUGAUGGCGGCAGAAGAAGAAGUUACAGAAGUUAAAGACAAAGAAGAUAAAAGAAGAAGAAGCGCCGUAAAGCUUCGCAACAAAUGGACGGAAGAAAAAGGAGCAUCAUCCGAUGCCUGCUACAUCACGCAAAUAGAAUCGAACUUUGAUUUCUCGAAAGUCUGCUAUCGAACGAGCGCGAACGAGGCGAAAGUUUUCGAUACUACUACUAAUAAUACUACUAAUAAUAAUAACAACAACAACAACGAUGUUAUGAUACUCAAGCACGAACGCGCGAUGACUGACGCGCACUUUCCCGUGCCGAACGAAUUAACGACGAUUCUUUCGUGCUCGCACGAUAACACGGUCCGAGAGUGGGACGCGAGGACAAAUAAUAAUAACUGCGCCGUCGCGCAAGCGCGGGUACCGAAUCAUAUUCUCGGUAAGAACGGAUCCUUGGAGACGUGCUCCAUCGGCGGCGCGAACGAAACAAUUUUAGCCGUAAGUUGCGGAGAGAAGAUUUUGUUUUACGACCGACGGAUGAUCAGACAAGGAGGAGGAGGAGGUGGAAAAGAGACGAUGAUGAUUAAACAGUUUGAAGACGCGCACUCGGAAACAGUCACGAAACUUCGAUUCCAUCCGGAAAAGAGACACAUUUUGCAAACGAGUUCGGUGGAUGGGUUGACGUGCACGUUUAACUUACUCAACGAAAUUGACGACGAGAACAGUUUAGUGAGUAUUGGAACCGCGAAUGCGGCGAUUAAUGAGUUUGGGUUUUUGAGUAGUACGACGAGUAGCGGUAGCACUAGUAAAAAUAUCUUGUGGGCGUUGACUGGCAUCGAGGAAAUUCAUUUGUUCGAUUGCGACGCGGGUGUCGCGACGUGUGGCGUGGAGAUUGGACACGUGAAGAACGCGAGAGAAAAAGCGAGAGAGGCAGCAAAGCAAGCAAAGGCGAUGAGUGUAAAGAAAGCAUCUUCUUCCUCGUCGAUAUCGAAGAAAGGAUUGAAAGAUUUGAUCGAAAACGGCGUCGAUUACAUCAUCAACGUCAUCGACGGUGGCGAGGCAAAUAACCAUAAAUAUUACGCGUGCUGCGGAACAAUCAACGGUACCGUCGGUUUGUUUCCGAUAGCUUACGACGAAAUCGCUAUGAGGAGCGAGACGAGCACGCAACCGUUGACUUUACUCGCGCCGGAAUACGUGUUGCCGAAUGAUUCUUCUUCUGAACAAGGAGGCCGUGGAGGAGACCGUGAGGAUUUGAUGAUGAAAGGUCACGGCGAUAUCGUUCGUUGCUUACUUGCAUCAUCUUCUUCAACUGCGAUGACGACUGAUAGUCAAAACGUGCUGCACUUAUACACCGGAGGCGAAGACUCUUCAGUGUGCUCGUGGACGACAACGAAAGACGAAGGUCAUAAUAAUAAUAACAAUAACAACAAUGAUAACAAUAAUAAUAAUAACAACAACAACAACAACAACGUUGGCUUUGGAGGAGGCGCGAUGAGGAACAGCCCAUCGUCUUCGAUCAGAAGCGGUCGCGAAUCUCCGUAUUAG